CCCAUUCAAGUAAUCCGGUCCCAAGUCACACCUUUAUCAUUCUUCACAGAGGGUCAAUUUGCAAUAUAAAAGCAACCGCUUCUACGCAUCUUCAUCCUCCUAACGAAACCUUUAUCGUCACCCUCACUCGUUGUAGCACAUAUUGGGGCAACUUCAUCUCGCGCUACAAAAAUCUUGAGAUGGCCGGCUUAAACAAUCGACCAGUAUCCACAAGCAUGCUAAACAAUAAUGAAAACGUCCCACAGGGUAUAUCUUCAUACGAAACCCAAUACCCCAACGAUAGUAUAGAUGCAAAUUGCGCCUCCCACACUAGAGAACUCAUGCCUAGUACUCAGGCUGAGCACAGCGCAUUUACCAUACCAACAUGCUUUGACCCAACCACUGCCACCAACUUGACUUCUUCUAAUGUUAUCAACUAUUCAAGAAGUCCCGCAAUGCGGACAGCAACGCCACAGCAAGUUUACCUCAACAUCCCACUCAGAGAGGCGACACCAACGCUUCAUGGAUUUCUCACAUCGAAAGACGCUCAGUCAUCUCUCCCCUAUCAUAUGGAACCUAAACCAGCAUAUUUUGCCCCCUCAUCUCCUCCUCUAUCACACCUAAAUUACCAAGAGGAACCCUUACAGCCCUCAUCCACAUCCCCCAACAACUCACCCUCCAACCCCAACACUGUACACCCACUACCAGACCGCUGGCAACUCGCCCAGCACUACCGCACGCGCGUCCACGAACCUCCCCAAAUCGACCCAUCCAUCGACCCUACAAUCUCUCUCGUCACCCAAAACGCAGAGCAUUGGGUCUACCUCUUAACAUCAGCCCUUACAAACGUCGACUCCUGCAAAGACACCCCCACAUCCCACGCCUACCGCCUCUUCCACCCUUCACCACCCCCAGCUCCGCUCCUCGAAGCCAGCGCGCGCCAAAUCUUCACUUCCCUGCUCGAUCGCUGCACCCACGGUUUCCGCGGUCCAGCAUCCUUCAACAAAGCGCUCAAACCCAUUGCAGGGCUGGAAGCGGACCGGUUUGCAAACUGCGAAGAGAGGUUACGGAAUGUCGUUGAUGUCCUCCGGGGGAACAAGAGGGUUUGCAAGGAUGUUUUGUAUGAGGAUUGGAAGAUUAGGUUAUUGGUUAAUCAUCCGCUGGCGUACGAUAGGGAUAAAGAUUGUCAGAAAGGGAGUAAUGAUCAGAGACGGAAGAGGUUGUUGGAGGAGAGGGAGAGGUUGAAGGGGGUUGAGGGGGAGUUGGAGAGGCUGACGGGAGGGGGAGCAAAGAAGAGGAAGGUGGGUGAUGGCGGAAUGUAG